AUGGUCUUCCAGGAGGCCUUUCGUCAUGACGAGCUCUGUGCCAUGUGUCUAUGGGGCCUCGCACAUGGUUUCGGUCCCACCCUGAACGCGCCGGUGAAGUCCGCCGCGGAGAUGGGGUCUGGCUUGGCCGCCGCAAGGCAGGCUCUGCGCCUCCUGAACUCGCAUGAACUCAACUACACGGCCAAGGAGGAAGUCCUCAUUCAGUCAAUGGUCUCGCGAUACCCGGACCCACCGUCUGGCAACAUCACUGUGCAGAUGGCCAGUAACAGGAAGUAUGCCUCUUUGCUGGGCAAACUGAGACAAGAAGAGAGCUUGCAACCUGACGCCGAUCUCAAAGUCUUCCAGGCAGAAGCUCUGAUGAUAUUGCUCUGCACUCCGGAUGAAUGGCACUUCUAUGAGUCAAGAGGAGACAGUGCACCUGCUGUAGCCAGGCCAGAGACUCUGGAAAGUACUAAGCUGCUUCAGGAAGCCCUGAUAGCAACGAAUCAGACACAUGCGUAUGCGCAGCAUAUGUUGAUACAUAGCACGGAGAUGUCGAACAACGACGUCCAUGCUGCUCUCCCGGCAGCCCACGACCUGCUGGCAAACACUGCAAAGUUGCAGGAUCAGCACCUGCAGCACAUGACCAGCCACACCUACCUCCGCGCGGGCUACUACCACAAGGCCCUGAUGAGCAACAUCGUGGCUGUUGGUACCGACUCGACCUACUUCAAGAACGACUGGAUGCCCUAUGGCCCCGGUCACAACUCUGCCUUCCUCGUCGCUUGCGCCCUCUGGGCUGGUGACCGAGCUGCGGCUUACAAGUACGUCAAG